AUGAAAAGUGAUACAACUAAAAACAUGAUUCGUAAUAAACAGUAUCCGUAUGGCCAUAUUCCUAUAAUUAAAACUCAGGAUGAUACAAUAAUUCCUCCGAAUGAAUUGAUUCAUCGAAUGAUUGCACCACAAUCAACAGGAUGGUUUAAUGAACAAAAGCCAUCUCAUGCUCGAUGGCCUUUUCGUCAAUUUUCAGGCCAUGGAGAUGUUCGUUUACCAUUUCUUUUUCCAUAUACUUUACAAACAAAUUCUUCAAAUGUACCAUUAAAAUCAGUAGAUGAACGAAAUUGUUCAAUAUCAAAUUCAACUUUUCGUCAAAGAACUCCUAUUCAAUCAACAGUUUGUGAAAAAAUGCAUUCAUCAACACAAUCUAAUUCAACAGCUAAUAAAUCAUCACAAUUAAAUUUUUCUAUUGAAAGAAUAUUAGGUAAAAGUUUUUUACCAAAAACAACAACAACAACAGUAUCAUCUUCAUCAUCUACAACAACAACAAUAAGUACAACUGUAGUUCAUGGUCGUGGUCAUAAAUCUUUACCAUAUCCAUUACGAAAAGAAAAUGGAAAAAUCAUCUAUGAAUGUGUUCAAUGUCAUAAAACAUUUAGUCAAUUAUCAAAUCUUAAAGUACAUUUAAGAACACAUACAAAUGAAAGACCAUUUGUAUGUACACAAUGUCCGAAAUCAUUUACACAAUUUGCUCAUCUUCAAAAACAUACACUUGUUCAUUCAGGUGAACGACCACAUUCAUGUCCAUAUUGUCCAAAAAGAUUUUCAUCAACAUCAAAUUUGAAGACUCAUCUUCGUUUACAUACUGGAGAUAAACCAUAUUUAUGUCCAAAUCAUUCAUGUUCAGCACGUUUUACACAACUUGUCCAUUUAAAAUUACAUAAAAAAACACAUUUAGAUGAACAGAAUAUAUCAUCUAAUUCAUCAUCAUCUUCAGCAUCAAGCAAUAUUAAUUUUAAUUCAAUCUUAUAG